AUGGAAGGUGGUCUGAUGAACUCCAGUAUACCGUCCUCUGUCGCCAGCAGUCGCCCGACCGCAAAUACAGUUGCCGAGACAACUCUACCGACAACGAUUCGCAGUACUCCCGUUAGGCUAGUUUGCCUAAACGAAAAGCCAUCUAAUGCACUCUCGGAAGCUCUUAUAUCAGUACAGCCUCAGUUUACUCUCUUGUCUUCUCCGGCCAAGCUAGCGUCUAAAGCAUCUGGACAAAUCAUUGAGCGCUCCAUAGCCCCAGCAUCAGCCGUUCAUGGUCAAAAGGUGCCAACUGAAAAUGAAAUCAAAACAAAUGUGACUGUGGACUCCACGAGUGCUUUCACAAUCCCUACAAAUCCGGUCACUAUUCUCACUCCAAAAAAAAAUUAUGUGUCCUCCCAGUUGAUGCCUUUGAACUCUUCGACUGACUCUGUCUGUCAUCUUUCCAAUCAACCGAUGCUUUCCACCAACAGCGCCAUGAGCCUGGGUCAGUCAAUUACUCCAAGCAGAAAGCGAGCCCGCAAGCAACAACUGCUAGCUCCUCAUGGCGUCUCAGCCGCCGCUACCAGUAGAAGCGAAUCUCCCUCGAAAUCAACCGUACCCGUUGUUGCCACAUCCGUGGCUCAUGUCAACCUAAUCGGAAUGCUCCCUACUGCACAAACCGCGGCAAGUCCUGUGCGCUUACCUGCAUCCAAUGAACAAAUAGGUGAAAGGCUACUUUCCAAGAAUACGGUGUCUGGAAAGUCAGGCAUAUCUGCUUCUUCCUCUGGGAAUGUUAUGGGCAUUCGUCUCCUCCCUGUGCGGCCUUCUAACCCUCUACCCACUGGUACUCCAACCACUACUGCUCCUCACACCGACGCUGCCUCUAUUGCAGCACCGAUUUUUGCUACGCAAAUUCAACCGUCCCUCAGUCUGGUUGUCAAUUCUUCUCUGGCUGAGUCUGUUAGCCAGUCCGUGACUGCACCAACUGGCACUACACAGAAGCUCCUGUCGCCUGGUCGAGGGGCCUACUGUCUAAAUGAAGUCGACGGACAGCCUGUCCCACUUCCCCCAGAAUCACCACGGGCUACUGCACUGCCUGUACUUCCAGCCCAGGGCUCAGGGGUGACCUUAGGUGCGAUGAGGACGGUGACAGUCGCAGGACCCGAAAUCCCUGCCGGAUCAGGCAAGAUUUCUGCCACCGAAGACGCCGUUAUGGCAUGCGCACCCGUCGUCAGCUCCAUCUUAACCUCAAAGUCUACCUUAGGCAUGGUGGCUGGACAGCCUGCCGUUCCCAUUCUCCGAGUCCCAGAUCCGAAUGCCCGCCAGCGGCCUACUUGCUUCGAUGACCUCCAGUCGCCCUGCAAGCGUGUCCGAAAGCAGUCCACGUCAUGCACUACCAAGAGCCAGACCUACACCUCCUCUUGGGAACUGCACACUGACCCCACUGAUUCCACCAAGUGCAUCUGGCGGGCCCCGGAGAAAUCGGAGGAUCAGCCCACGGAUAGUGCUGCUGCAGUCCAUGAAGUCGCAACCUCAGACAGCGCAGAGUGGGUUAUCCACGGAUGCCCAGCCAGGAUGCAUCUAUGCAGACCCUCAUACUACUCUUCUCGCUUUGGUGGAUGCUGGAAGGGUCCAAAGGCCGGCCAUUUUCUCAGGUACCUAUCCGCUUUUCCCUGUUUAUUUCAGUUCACAUAG